GUAGAUGUUGGGGUGCAGCGGGGAGGCUGCGGGAGCGCCCCUCGGCUGGCAGCGCAGCCGGGGCAGCAUGCGGAGCGCCGGGCUCACGGCGCUGCUCUCCGCCCUGGCGCUGGCCGCAGCAUCUGCCGGCAGUGACCCUGCAUUUGAUGGAUCAGGAGAUGGAUCGAUGAUAUUACCCACUUUUACAGCAACACAUCUUCCUGCUUCGGGUCCUUCGACUGUGGAUGAGCCAGUACUUGUAACUGAAAGCACCAUUGAAAGCAGCUCUGAAACACAGAGUUCUCCAAGUACUGAACUGAAUGCUGUGAAUGAUGAGGACAGCCUAGAUGCAGCAGAACAGUCUAUAUUGAUAUAUGCUGUCCCUGUGGCGCUGCUGGUACUGGUGAUUUUGUUGAUCACGUUUUUUAUAAUGCAUCAUAAAAGGAAAAAGUCCAAGCAAGAUGAGCUGGGAAGCGAAAACGUAAAAAGUCCUAUUUUUGAAGAAGACACACCUUCUGUUAUGGAGAUAGAAAUGGAGGAGCUUGAUAAAUGGAUGAACAGCAUGAACAAAAAUGGUGACUGUGAAUGUUUGCCUACUGUAAGAGAAGAAGAAAAAGAAUCAAUCGCCAACCCAAGUGAUGGUGAAUCAUGAAGUCCUCAGGACAGCAAAGAACUGACUAAAGGGAUGCAGCACACAAGUUCAUCAUCCCCCAGAUACUGGAAGAACUGGAUUUAAAUAUAAUUCAUCUCAAAAGGCCAGAGAAGCAAAUGCAUUUCUUGUGUCCUGCUUUAUAUGGUCUUCAGAAAGGAAACAUCACCAAAGGAAAAGAAGAAAAGAAAAAGGAGAAAAAAAAAGACAAAAAGCAAAGUACUGCAGCAAGAUUAAGGACUGAUUAAAAUUGUUUUUGCAAUGAGCUUCACCACAAAUCAAGACAAACCUCUUUUUCACCCCUGCUAAAAGUUCUCAAAGUAGUCCAUGUUUCUGUCUAGUUCUGCAGUUGUGUAUUGUGCUGCACUUAAAACAAAUUCUGUUCCGGGUUUGGUGGGUUUCUUUGUUCUGGUUUGCUUUUGUGGGUAUUUGUUUCAGUGUCCAUAAUUUUGGACCACCCUGGUUUGAUGGAGAUGAAGCUCAUGCCUAUGCAAAGUUUAUUUCUCAAUUUGCUUAUUUCUGAACAGUGCACUGAUUUGCACAGGCCUGCUGUUGGGGAGUACCAGGCUAGGACUGACAGACCAGCUCCGAGGACAGACAGCAGCUGAAAAGCCUCUCAAAGGAAUAGCCAGAGGUGACUGCAGCCCAGCGAGGGCACAGACUCUGCAGAGUGCUUUUGGUUUUCAGAUUAAAGGCGUUGUAGUGGUGAAAAGUAUUAUUUUGAGAAUGCCUUUCAGUUCCACGGAUGAGCACCCUGGGCUAACUCUCCCCAUGUAACUCCUCUCCCUGCCCAGGGCUGCUCUCCAGCCACCUACUUCAGGAAUAUUCAACUUUAAAACAUUGCUUUUUUAAAAAAAUGAGUGAGGUUGAAAAAUUAAGCAAUUCAGUACUCACAUUAAAUGCAGAUUUAGAUAAGUAUGUGUUAUGCCUAACUACUUGGUCAAGGUUUUCGGAUACAGGAGGUUUUCUGCUGCUUCUGUUUUUAAAUACUGAGCCUGCAGUAUCUAAAGGAUAUGGACUUCGGAGUGUGCCUGGUCACCCUUACUUACAAUGAAAAAAAAUCAGACUCCUGGGAUACCUCAAGGUGGAAAUAUGAAUGUUUUGACUGUGUCCAUUGAUUUUAGCUACCAUGUCUCCUAGGGAUUAGUACCUUAAAUAUGUAACACACAUAAAAGUGGAUCCUUGUCUGGGCAAAGCUUCUUGUACCUUAUUUAAAAUAGCAGAUUCAUAUCCUACCGUAUCUUAUAUCUUACCUAUCCUCAUAUUCUAUUUAAAUAGAGUAUGUAAUGCCUUCCCACUCAGUACAUGUUUAAUAUGAUCAGUUUUGCUUUGCCUGCAAAUAAUGCACUAAUAAGUUACCAUGCAUAGCUUGAUUAAAAAGAGAAAGCAAAUGCCCCAAGCCUCUGUGAUGGCAUCUAAGUAUCGCUGACAGAGGAUGGUUUGUGAAUAAUUCAAGACAUGUCGAAAUACAGAAGGAAAAAAAUGUUUAGAGCUAACCAUAUUAAUUCAUUACUGAAUUUGACUUGAUUUGUAAUUUCCUCAAAGAAUAAAAGAUUUCUUCACUGUUUCAAAACAAUUUAUUGCAAAUAUUGGAUUUAGUAAGUGAGCGAUGGUAAAUAAAUUUUCCCUGUUUGGAUGAUUUUUAACUUUGAAAGAAGUGUUUUGAGUUCAUCUUUCACAACUUCUUUUUUAAACACUUCCACUAUUUCCUAGCAGUAAAGCCAUCACGUAGAAUAUUGGUUUAAAAGAAUGCAGUCGCAAGGGGAAGAAAAAGUGGAAGACUGAAAUUUAGAAAAUUUUGAAAUAUUGGAGUAGGUAUUUUCCAGUAGCAGUUUUGCUAGCUACUUCUUUCUAACAGACAAAGAUGUUUUGCUCAGGUUUCCUGCAAUUUGUAAAGCAGUAACCUGAAGAUGCCCAAAACAGAGAUACUGAGGGUUUUUUUCUAAUGGUACAAGAUAAAAAGCUGUAUUUUAAGACCAUUACCAGCUGUGUGGUUGGAGUGCAGUCAGUGGGACCCAGCAGUUCAGGGCACCAGUGUCCAGCAGUGACUCUCACCACAUCAUGCUCCAGUCCACACAGCUCCGUGUCCAACAGCUGCUGCCUUCUCCCUGGAGAGAGUUGAAGCACAGCUGGACAUGGAGGCCUUGCCUUUCAUAUUUCAUUUUUUUUUGCUUUUGAAAAUUAACCAGCUCCCGAGGGUGACAUUGUAUGGCUUAACUCAGUUCUGGCACACUGAUGAUCCAUCACCCUGUCUGAGCCACACAUUGAUAAUAGUGACUCAGUUUGCUGUGGCAUUUGAAAAGAGCCUAUGUUGUGCAUGCUGAUGGUUUGGGGUUAAUGUUAAUUCUGGACAGUACUUCUGCCAGAUAAAAGGCUGCACGGUUCCAAAUAAGUUUCUCAGAGAAUAGGUUUAAUUUAUAUAUUUUGUCAAGUUUACCUUGAGAGAAUGUAUUUUCUGUAAAUUUAUGUCAUUAAGCAUUAAUUCUUAUUCCAGUGUUCAUGACUGAUCAAUCUCCAUAUAAAGCUUUAAAAUCCAUUUUUUCCAGAACUAAUGCCUAGGUUAGAGGUUUAUAAAUAUUCAUGUCACUUACCCUCUCUAAAUUCUGGCAUGCUAGAGAAUUUCUUUGCCUCUUUAGGAACUUUUCUUAAAACUUUUCCCUCAGGAUUUUUUUUCUUAUUUUGUAUUUAAAAAUACAAAACAAGGCUUUGGGCACAUCCUUAACCAAUUCUGACAGAAAUUUUCUCUAUCUACUGAUUUUUAAAAGUGCAAACUUAUAUUAAGUUGCUGAAUACUACUGAAAAAAUGUACCAUUCCAUCAAAUCUCACCAAAUAUCAUCAGGUCCUGUCCUCCUUCUGUGAAACAGACCAAGGGUCAAGUAAUUUGCAUUUCAGUAUAGUUAUGGAUAUUUCUAAAAGAUUCCCUCCCUCCCUACUAGACAAAUAUAAUUUUUAUUAUUUCUCUUUCCCCUGAACAUUUAUACA